AUGGUGGACAAGACGUAUGAUCAAGUGUGCAAAGAUGCGAGUGCCGCCGCUGAGACGCGAUUGCUGGAACACUUGAAGCAUCAUGGAGGAGACGUCUGGAAUAUUGGCGCUGGAUGCCACAAUUGCCGUCAGAAAAGAGAGGACGUUAGUGAUCUGAAGGUGCGCUGUGCUCAAUGUAAUGCAGCUUUGUUCUGCAAUCGUGAGUGUCAAGUCGCGGCCUGGCCUGCACAUAAGGUCGAGUGCUGUGUCAUUGCGACUUUCAAUCGACUACACAAGUCCAGCAAUUCUGACUCCAAACUUGCUUCGCUGCUCGAGACACUCACGUUUUCGUCCUAUCCCAAGAAAAUUGAUGAGCCCAAGCUUGUUGGCGUUGCAAGCUCGAUUGGCAUGAACGGUCCAGAAGCCCCAGGCUGGUUCUUCACGGUAGACUUUGAAAAGGCAUCAAAGGAGCGGCAAAAGGUCUUGUACCAAGCGGUACUUGAGCUGUAUGGACUUCUUAAAGACGACGAGUGCUGGACUCGUGACAAAGAAAGCUUUCCGCGUUCAAGCUACACGCUGGUGGAGUCGCUGCCUCGCGUAAUUUCUACGGCAGAACAAUUGCAAAAGCGUUUCAUUGAGCUAGAUGGACAUCUUUUGCUGUUCUCGGCAUGGCUGCAGCACCCAGAGCCACCUGCCACACAGGCCAUGCCCUUCGAAGACCGCAGUUUUUUUGGCGUAGUAGAUUCGCUUCUUCAGAUCAGUACUCUUCGUGACGGUGUGGAUGCCUUUGUGAAUGCAAGUCCGUAA